UAGCAUUUGAAAAACUUAAAUAUUACUAGUAAACAUCCGCAAAAAUGUUAACAUAAAAGGCAAAUGAUGCAACCCAAAAUAAUUGCAUCGGUUAAAAACUUAUCAGUAGCGAUAUUAAUCAAAUAUUAAUGAUAAAUAAUGACAUAAAAUCCAAAAAAAAAAGGAAAAAAUCAAUGGGAGAAUAGGAAAGCUAAUGUAUUUGUGUACGCCUUCGGGAGGAAGGAACGUAGUAAGAGGGUUAAAAAAAAGGAAGAAAUCGAAUCGUUAUUUCAUUCUCAAUAAUUGGUUAGUUAAUUACACAAAAAACAAUCAAAUGGAUUUAGUGGAACUGUGGGCGAUGUUCGGUCCCGGGGUCGCGGGCGCCGUGUUCGGUGCCGGCUGGUGGUUUUGGGUUGACGCCGUCGUUUGUAGCUCCGUCAAUGUCUCUUUUGUCCACUAUUUACCCGGAAUAUUUGCAUCUAUUGCGGCUUUGAUGUUCAGUUGUGUUAGAAAAGGCGAUAUUGAUUACUCUCCUUAUGAAGAAGGCGAGUGGAGGUUGAAGCUCUGGCUUUUCUUUGCUUAUGUUGUAUCCUUUGUCUCACUGGCUGCUUCAGUGGGCCUGUUGAUACAAGACUCGCUAGUGAAAUCUGGUCCUUCAGUGUGGACUGGUACUGCAGGUGUCUUACAGUGUGUGUUUGUCUUAAUCAGCGGGCUUAUAUAUUGGACUUCUCACCCGGAAUAACAGAUGACUUGAAUCUAGUGUUUAGACUUUGGAGCUUGGAACCACAAGUGUGGCAAUCAUAUGUGCACGUAUCAUCUGUAACUGUACUUAAAUCAAUGGGAUAGAGAGGUUUUUCACAGUUGUAAAUUUUUGUAUUGUAUUAACUGUUUUGAGUAUGAAAGUACAAUUCAUCCUGCUCUUUUGAUA